UCCCGAAGACCAACGAACAGGCAGAAUUGCAAAACAUGGCGUCUUUGUAAGCGGAGUUUGCUGAGAUUAUAUUUUUGAUUGCUUGAUAUUUGAAGAUGUCUAGCUCCCGAUUAACAAGGAAGGUGACAGUGGAAGGAUCUAAGAAGAUCACAGAUACGACUUUACCAAGAAAGAGUGUUUUUGACAGACUGGGGCCAGGUGCAGUGGAGAGAUCCCAGUCUAGAAGAGAGGACUACAGUGAUCCCGUGGAAAAAUGUCGUUAUUGGUUGAAAGAUGGACGCUGCCCUUUCGGAAGCAAAUGUCGAUACGAUCACGGUUCGACGUCUGAAGGAAAGUCGAAACUAAAGAUAAUUCGUAGCAUUGUCAGCAAAAACGAUGAACCAGUGCGAGUGAAACGAGUUCACAGUCCGGAUGCGGAUUCAUCUGACCAUACCUCGAAGAAACCCACAAAGCGAAUGAAGGCUGAAAGUAUUAAAGUCACAAAAGAAUCUCUACGAGAAGAUUCAAAGUUGGUGAAGGAGCAUCGAAGGGCACCAGAAGAGCCGAAAGUCGCUGAAAAAAGGCAAGACGUUGUCCACAAAAGAUCGACAUCCACCAGCGGAUGGAACCUGCAAGAUAACAGCGACAGCGAGGAUGGGAAUGAGGGGAAACAGCUUGAUUGGGAAGUGAGAGGGGCCAUGCAUCAUGCCCGUGAAGUGGCUUUGGAAGAACGCCGCAACGAUCUGCGCCGGCAGAUUGCAAAGAUUGACCAGCACGAUGAACCGUUGGUGAGGAUGCCUAAUGUCCCUCUCGCAGGGGACUCGUCGCCGCCGUAUCAAGAGGAGAAUGUUAAACCGGAAAAGAAAAAGAAAAGCAAAUCCGACAAGUCGAAGAAAAAAAUGAAGAAGAAAUCCCACAAGGGCGAUGCCCAUCGCAUGGAGGCCUUCCAUGUUGGUGAUGGUGAUUUUGGAGAGAAAUCGAAGAAAGCAAAUAAAUCAUCGGGUGGGAAAAAGAAGAAAAAACACAGCAAUGAUUCCGAUCAUGAAGAGGCAGAAGUUCCGUUUAGGAAAGAAGAAUACGAAAGCGACGUGUUUCAGCGCGAGUACCACGAAACGAAACGAAAAGGGGAUGGUUUUCAUUCACCAGCAGAGCACGACAGCAGAACUAGACAUAGCCACGAAUCGAAGCGUGAAAAGAACAUUGCCCUUGUACAGUUCGAACCGGAGAUCCAUCACGUUGAUAAGAGAAAUCGUUCGCCUCAUAUACUGGGCGAAGCACGUCCUGCGACGUACGAAAGAGAGCACCGCUCCGUGGAAUCUCGUGGACCAAAGUACGAACGGGAGUCGCGUCAGAUGGACAGGGAAACGCGACAGCUGGAAAGAGAAGAGCGACAGUUCGAGAGGGAGACACGCCAGAUGGAGCGAGAACACCAAGCUCAGCUUGAGAAAGAAUCGCGUCAGUUCGAAAGGGAAUCACAACACUUGGAGAGGGAAUCACGUAAGACACAACACGAAAGGGAAUCUGGCCAAGUUCACGGUGAAAGAGAAUCACGACACUAUGAGAAAGCAUCGCGCCAAUCCCAAUUUGAACGGGAAUCGGGGCCACCAUCAUUCGAGAGAGAACCUCGAACGACCCAGUUUGAAAGGGAAUCCAGGCAAGCACCAUCUCGACAGCAGCCAUUUGCGAGGGAGACUCGCUCGACUCACUCGGAAAAAGAAACCAGACCGCCAUACAACGAAAGAGUUCCGCGUUCGCCUCCUUUCGAUGCAAGAAGCAGUUCACCGUCAUUCGAGAGGGAUGCUCGCUCAUCGCAUCAGGAAACCCGUUCACCCGUCGUGGAAAAGCGAAGCCGUCAACAACAGCAGGUCGAUCAACCUCGCGGUGAAGACUAUGUUCCGCACAAAGGGCAGCAAACUCGCGAGAAGCAAAGGACCGGAAAGGCAACUGAAAGAGUUCCUGAAAAUAAAAUUGAUAGAGUUAAAAAGAAAUCAGCUCCUCAGCGCAGUCCUUCACGAGAGAAGGUGCAAGUGGUUGAACACAAAGAAUCGGUAAGAGAAGAACGAAAAUCGAGGUCUAAAGCCGUGGAAGGUAUUCAAAAGGAUGUAAAACAGAAGGCGAAGAAAGCGGAGAGACAAAGAGAGGCUCCUGAUCCUCCAGUACCGCAAGAGUAUGUUAAGUCGCAGAAAACUAAACCGGGACAAGAAGAGAAAAAGAGGAAAGGUCCGCGUACACCAUCGCCAGAAUUCAAGCAGCAGCUUCCCCUGUCUUUAGAUAUGGAAGCAUCGUAUAUUAUGGAUACAUCCACCGCUGUCUCUCAAAGGAGAGAGAAGAAUGACUCGCGGCAGAGAGAAUCGCAAACUGUCGUACAGAAAGAAAUAAAACUUGCCAAAAAGAGUAGACCCGUUGCGAAACAACAGGCGCCCGAAGACGUGUCGGAGUCGAGCGACAGCGACAGUUCGAGCAGCUCCGACGAGUCGGAGAGCGAGGAAAUGGAAAGUGGGUCGACCGAGGAGAAAGAAGUUCGCGGUAAGGUGCGCAGACAACCGGUUGAACGAGAGGCGGAAAAGAAAAAAGAAGUUCCUGCAAAAGAACCGAAGCGAGAUCAGCGCAAGGACAAGAAAUCCACGGCAUCGCGCGAUCAUUCUGAACACGCGGACGAGACCUCGGAACGGACGAACGAGGAUUCAAAAAAUGUGCCCGAAGGAAGAGAACACCAUUCUGACGAGCGCAAAGAACGUGCCUCGGACUACGAUCGCCGUGAGGAAGAAAAAUAUUACCGUGAGCACGCGAGAGAUCACAGGCGAACGCGUGAUGAAGGGGUUGAUCGAUGCAUGGAAGGCAGGGGGUCGAAGGAUACGAGGGACCCCCGGGACUCCCGGGAUCAUAGAGACUCGAGAGAUUAUCGCGAGUUUCAAAGAGUGGAUUACAGAGAUCCUCGCGAAAGGGAACGAUUUCGUGAGUUUGAAGAACGAGAUCGUCGCCAUCCGUUUGACGCGCGACACGAUUACAGAGAUGGUCCUCCUGACUUUCGUGGCGCUUGGACCCGCGAUAUGCGAGGACGCGACGGAUACGAUGGAUAUGAUGCUAGAGAAUAUAACGAGCGCCGUGGAGAGGGCAGAGUUGGACAUGGCGAGUUUAAUCGACACUACGAUCGGGAUAGACCACACCCUGAUAGAGGCGGACGUUUCAGAGAAAUGGAAGAUCGUCCUGACCCGGGGUGGCAUGAACGCAGGGGAGAACGUGGGUAUAGAGAGUCUGAGAGAUACCACGAAGGACGUGAGCGAUAUCAGGAUGACGGGAAGACAUCCAGAGGUAAACGUUCCCGUGCUGAGGCCGAACAAUCUCAUGGAGAUAGGAAAGGUCACCGCAAGGAGCGGAAACGUGGCUCUGGAACACCUCCAGAAUCAGAAGAGUGGGAUUAUGAGGAGGGUCAUAGUCCUGCUUCUGAAGUUAAGGAGCAGCAGACGUCCUCGAGAAAACGGCCAAAAGUAUCACCUGGCCCUCCACAACGGUCUGACUCGGUGAAGCGUAAAAAGGUUUCUACCCCUGAGCCAUCAAACCAGGACGCUGCAGCAAAACCGAUUGACGAUGUUGAGAAAAAAGAGGCAAUUUUGAAGAUGGACGAUAAAGACGCUAAAAAGUCGCGAAAAGACAAAGAUAAAAAGACAAAGAGACGCGAUUCGUCGGAUGAAGAGACUGGCACUACCAAAGCUUCCGCUGGUACACCGGACGGAAGGCGUACGCGGGAAACUUCGAAAGACAAAGAUGUAAGGAAAUCGAAAAACAAAGAACAAUUGGAAGCAACGAGGAAAUCUGGUUCAGAUGUAGAUGGUGAUGCCAAAGAACGCCGCAGUGAGGUUGAUAGUACCAAGGAAAGUGAAGCAGUGCUCACUGAAGAAACGAAAACCGAGAAAAAACCUGGCGAACAGGAGUUCAGUGACUGGAGUGAUGGAAGCGAGGGUGGUGAAAAAGACAAACCAGAUGGCGCUUCAAACGCUGAGGAAAAACAAGUAAAAAGUAAUGUUUCAAAGAACAAUGAUGACAAUACUGUUGAUCAUGAUGGCUCGUUUGAGGAUGUUUAUGAUCCCAUCAGUGAUGACGAGUUAGAAGCCAUUAUUGCUGAUGAAAAGCAAGAAAGUAGAGUGAAAGAAACGACACAGACUCUUGAUAUCGAGGACGUCGACUGGAGCGUAUUGGAGAAGAAGACAGAAAAUGUGUCGGAGCCUGGGGACUACAUCAAGCGUUUUUCGGCUGGAAAUAUAUUCUCCCGCAUCGGCAUAUCCUCGGCUCUGGCCGGAGCUUCGCUCACCAAAAGAGUUCAAGAGAAAUGCUCGCAGGAUGCUCCUGAUAGAGCAAUGAAAGACUUACUUCUUGUCCCUGACCAAAAGAAACUGACAAUUGGCGCAUUGGUCGCUGCUGAAGCAAGAAAGAUGAAGGAACGAGAGAAUGUUGUCAACGACAUAGGACCAUGUCGUCGAGCUCUGUGUGCUCGCAGAGACUUUCACAUUCGAAAGCAGCUUCGUAGACUCACCACGACAAAGCUUGGGAAAAAACUAUUGAUGGAAAACAACGCAGUUGAACCUGUGGAUAGUGAACUGUUUGCAUUGAGCGUGUCCAUCUUCAGACGUGGAAAGACUGAUGUGAAAGAGGGGUCGCAACCUCCACCAACACCACCAUCAGAAGCUCCUCAAGUACUUGCAUGUUAGUUAUGGUCAAAAAUCAAAAUCGUUGUAACAUUGAUAUUUUUCAUGAAAGCAUUCUUGUAAGAAAAUGAAUAAAAUUUCCU